GUUUGUGGGUAUAUGUGAUGGAGUCGCUCGCGCUCAGCUCCGUGCUGCUGUGUCUUUUCUCUGUAGCGCUUAUUUGUCCGGUAAACGCGCGGAUCGGUAAGCGUGCACUGAUCGGAGCUUGCCCCGCGCGCUGUGACAAGUCUCGCUGUCCUGCGCUGCCCGCGCGCUGCGUCACAGAGCUCGCGCUCGAUGCGUGCAACUGCUGCGCGGUGUGCGCAUCUGGUGAGGGCGAGGCAUGUCUGGGGGCCGGGGGCGCGAGGCGCCUCGGUGACCCGGUGUGCGCGCGCGGGCUACGAUGUGUUGAAUCAUCAUCAUCUUCUUCUUCUUCUUCUUCUUCACCAUCAUCAUCAUCAUCAUCAUCAAUACCACUCGUGAUCCGGCGAAGACCGCGAACAGCAGUGUGUGUGUGCACGAGCGAGGAGCCCGUGUGCGGUAGUGACGGAGUUUCGUACCGGAGCGCGUGCGAACUGAAACGGGCCAGCGAGCGCGCGCAAGAGCUGCAACAGUCGCCCGUGCUGCUCGUGCAUAAAGGAGCGUGCGGAGAAGUUCAGGAGAAGCCAACCAGUCUGAGAUAUAAAUACAACUUCAUCGCUGACGUGGUGGAGAAAAUCGCACCUGCUGUCGUUCAUAUUGAACUCUACCGCAAGAUGGUGUACAGUUUGCGUGAAAGGGCUGUAGCAACUGGUUCGGGAUUUAUCGUGUCUGAUGAUGGACUGAUUGUGACUAACGCCCAUGUCGUCACUGAUAAAAACCGAGUGAAGGUCGAACUGAAAAACGGACAGUCGUACGACGCCAAAAUCACAGACAUUGACGAGAGAUCGGACAUCGCUCUUCUCAAGAUCGACUCUCCGAAUAAACUUCCUGUGAUGGGUCUGGGCCGGUCAGCUGAUCUGAGACCUGGUGAGUUUGUGGUGGCCAUCGGUAGUCCGUUUUCACUCCAGCACACGGUGACAACGGGGAUCGUAAGCACCACGCAGAGGGGAGGGAAAGAGCUCGGGCUACGCAACUCUGACAUGGACUACAUCCAGACUGACGCCAUCAUCAACUAUGGAAACUCAGGAGGACCGCUGGUUAAUCUGGAUGGUGAAGUGAUUGGAAUAAACACUCUAAAGGUGACGGCAGGAAUCUCCUUCGCCAUUCCAUCGGACAAGAUCCGAGAAUUUCUCACAGAAUCCUACGACAGACAGGCCAGAGGUCGAGUAACAGCUAAGAAGAAGUACAUCGGUAUCCGGAUGAUGUCACUGACUCCUGAGCUCGUGAAGGAGCUGAAAGAGAAGCUGGGCGAUUUUCCUGAUGUCACAUCCGGUGCGUAUGUGGUCGAGGUCAUCUCCAGAACUCCAGCAGCAGUCGGGGGAGUGAAGGAAAAUGACAUCAUAAUUUCGGUUAACGGAGUGCGGAUUUCCUCGGCUUCUGAUGUCAGUGCUGUAAUUAAAACACACUCUAUGUUGAACAUCAUCGUUCGCCGUGGCAAUGAAGACGUCCCUUUGACGGUUAUUCCCAUGGAGAUUGACCCUUGACAUUGACUAUCCACCCAUCUGCGGUUUGGUGGUCCAAGGCCAAUGAGUGACGGCUUUCUCAUAAUUGACAGGGUGAAGCUCCGCCUUAAAAUGCAUGUUGAUUCAGAUUUACAUGUAAUUUCUAUUUUGUUUUCAUAGCGUUGUUCAAAAGUAAUUUAAUGAAAAUAUUAUUAUUAUUAUUAUUAUUAUUGUUGUUGUUGUUUACAGUUCACAAAAUUAACUUUUGAUAAUUUUAGUUAAUGUUGUUUGUGUGUUUUAUAAAAAAUAAAAAUACAAUUACGAUAUUAACUAAAUAAGAAAAAUUCUAAGCGUGUACAGAAAAUUAGGAACAUUUAAAAACCUUUUGCUGGAUUUUACACCAUUUUUGUAAACAGUUUACUAAAUAAGA